GUAGUUCGAUGUGUGAAAUCAGUUUUGAGCGUAGGUUUUGUAACAUCAUCCUAAGCCACUGUGUAACACUGCAAGCGAAAUCAUUCUGCGUGGACCGGUUUAAGAUGCUGCGCUUGUAUUUACGCCGAAAAAAUGCAAAAAGAUGUAUUGCGAGGACAUCGAGUCACCAUUGGUGGCCUGGAUAACAGAAGGGGUGCGCAGUGAUCUUCUUGGCAUGUGAAUAAACGGUGAGACACAUUAGAUAAGACCUAGGCUAACAACAGCCUCUUCAGCUGGAAAAUCUGACUGACGGCAUCAGAGAAUGGCCCAGAAUGCACCAGUGGCAGGAAGCCCACUCAGCACUGAAGAGAUGUUUGAGGAUAAUGCUCAACAGGCAGAGCCACAUUCCAGCACCUCGCCAAGAUACCUGAUUCCUGACGUCUCCCGCUCCCACCGACAGGCCCACGAAGACACCACUGGCCUGAGCAUCAGCCCUAGCUCUGCGAUGACCACCAAAGAGCUACAGGACUACUGGCACGGAGUGAAGUCUGAGAGGACAACCUUCAAACUGCUUUUCGAGAUCCCCUCCACUCGCACCGUGGAGCACGGGCUGUCCCGCUACGUGGUGUAUCAGAUCGUCGUGCUCAAGUCGGGCAGCUACGACUCCAAGCGCGUGUCCGUGGAGAGGCGCUACAGCGACUUCGAGCGCCUCCACCUGCAGCUGCUGCAGGACUUCAGCGAGGAGCUGGAGGAGGUGACGCUGCCCAGGAAGAGGGUGACGGGCAACUUUGCGGAGGAGAACAUCGCGGAGCGCCGCGAGGCCUUCAAGGACUACCUGGCCCGGCUGUACGCCGUCCGCGGCGUCCGCCGCUGCGCCCUCUUCCAGGACUUCUUCACCGAGCCGGAGCUGAAGCGGGCCCACGGCUGCCUGUGCGGGGGCCAGUACAGCCGGGCGCUGGAGCUGCUGCUCCCGGCGCUGGACCUGCAGGAGAAGCUGGCGCAGCACUGCCCCGCGCUGACCGUGCCCACGCUGUGCGCCGUGACCGUGUGCCAGCGCGACCUGGACGACGCCGCCGCCGCCUUCGCCACGGGCCAGCGGGCGCUGCCCCUGGUGCGCCGCUACGGCGUGCGCAAGUACCGCUGCCCCCUGCUGGCCCUGCUGGUGGACCUGGGCUUCCAGCUGGGGCUCCCCGUCGCCGCCCUGCAGGAGGAGCUGUGCCGGGUGACCGACGCCCAGAGGGGCCCAGUGUCGCUGUUGUCCCUCAAGGAGCUGGUGGUGCAGGAGUUCACCUAAAAACCAGGCGCAACAAAGCUCGACCCUCUACACUGCCUGGCACAGCAAAACUCUGCGGGUCUUUGUAUAAGUCUGAGCAAAUUCCGCAACGUGGCAUUGCAAUGCCCUUACCCACAGACUCUGAAAUAAAAAUAUACGAGGUUUAAAUGAAAACAUUAAUUACUUUUCCAUCAGGUUUUUCCGACAGUCUUCAUAACCUAAUGACAGCUCCAGAAUUUGGCAUACAGCGACUUUGAACUUUUUUGGUUUUUGAAUGAAAAAAAAAACAACAGCUUCAUAAUCAAACAUGGUAGAAGCAACACAGUGGAAGCUUAUUUUAUGAAGGACUGAAUCUCGCAGUCAAGCAUAACUUCGUUCCACAGCAUGGAUCGAUGCCACAAAGAGAACUUUGAGGUGGGCUUUGACACCUUUGUGCAUUUUACAACACAUUUUACUGCUUUUUUUCCCCAAAUUAUGUUGAGUAUACUGUCUUAUAUGCAAACAAAUAGCAACAGUUACAGCAGAACUACCACUGGUGAGGAGCGGGAUGCAAUGCAGAAAGUCACCACUUGAGGAGGCCAUUGUAUAUAUUUUAUUAAAUGGCUCGGCGUUUAACAAAAAGGAAAACUUCCAAAGUUAAUCUUUUUCAUUUCAGCGAAGAGAUUGUGAAUAAUGACAGAAAGCAAAAGAUUGGAAAUUAGGUAUGUGGUUAUAUACCUUGUGUAGAUCUGCUGUCAACAAGCAUAUUUACUUUUAUUACAAAUAUGCGGGAAUAUUUAUUUGUGGAAUAUAUUUAUUUGAAACCUA